CCGUUUCACAAGAAGUAGUACUGGUAAGUAAUAAAUGUUUCGUGUUCUUUCUGCGUCGAGCGUUGCGGUUUGUCUUGCAACUUAUGGAAUUCUUUGUUCUCCCAAAAAUGAUCUUCUUCUCUGUCCCUCUCCUUACAAGAUACAUCGGACAUUAUGAUAGGAUUUUACAAUUUGCUUUCGAUCUUAUUCCUCAUUGCUCUGACCGUAGCAACUGAUUCAGAGGAAGGCUCCCUCAUCGCUAUUGAAUCUUCCAGAAAAGGUCAUCCUGCCCGUGGUCUCAAAAACUCCAAGAAUCAACCUGGUGACAAAUGCAUGGAAAUUGAGGCCGAGAUCGAAAGAGUUAUAGAAUUAUACGACGCCUUGAUUGCGGAAGAAGAAUUGGGCACAAACGAUGUUGGAGUUCAGGCCAGCCCCAUGUGCUUUUUUUCAACUUUUGCUGUUGCUUAUAACUGUGGAGCCAUUGGAAAAUGCGCCAUUAGUUCAUGCCUUUCAAAUCUUUGCGGCACUAUUAAUAUGUGCUUCGUAGGCCCACCAUCUGCUGUUUGUGCUGCAGCUAUCACAAAAAUGAUGGCAAAAUGCAAAAGGGGAUGAUCCUCGCAUUGCAUGUCGCGAAUAAACACGUCCAUAUAGA